GCGCUCUUCGUCUCCACAGCCUCGUCUCCAGAAGCAUGUCCCCAGACAUGCAGCAGCCACAGUGCGAUGAAGCGGACCAAAGGACACCAGCUGCAUGACCGGAUGAAAGCAGUGGCCAUGGCGAUCAACCAUGAGGCCGGAGCUUAACAUUCCCAUCGGUGCCACAUUGAACACACUCUCCGAAUAUGUCAUCCAAGUGUGAGAAAGCCCAACGGACUGCUUAGCACCUGCUGUGCCAUCUGAGUAGGAGGCGGCAACAAAAGACCAAAUGCCAUGGAUGUAUUCAAUUUCACCUCCUGGAAUGCCUCCGAAGGCAACGACACAGAAGUUGUGGCAGAGAGCGAGAGUGCCUACAAGACUGUGGAGGUGGUGUUCAUCGUGCUGGUGGCCGGCUCCCUCAGCUUGGUCACAGUCAUCGGAAACAUCCUGGUCAUGCUUUCCAUCAAGGUCAACCGGAACUUACAGACCGUCAACAACUAUUUUUUAUUCAGCCUCGCAUGUGCUGACCUCAUUAUCGGACUGUGCUCCAUGAACUUGUACACGGUCUACAUAGUGAUCGGCUACUGGCCGCUAGGGCCAGUGGUGUGCGACCUGUGGUUGGCCCUGGACUACGUUGUCAGCAAUGCAUCCGUCAUGAAUCUCCUCAUCAUAAGCUUUGACAGAUAUUUCUGUGUCACCAAGCCCCUCAGCUAUCCUGUCAAACGGACCACCAAGAUGGCAGGAAUGAUGAUUGCCGCUGCCUGGGUCCUGUCUUUCAUCCUCUGGGCGCCUGCCAUUCUCUUCUGGCAGUUUAUUGUUGGAGGGCGGACAGUUCCCGAGAAGGAGUGCUACAUCCAAUUCUUUUCCAACGCUGCUGUCACGUUUGGCACCGCCAUCGCCGCCUUUUACCUGCCUGUCAUCAUCAUGAUUCAGCUCUACUGGCAGAUCUCCAGAGCGAGCAAGAGUCGCGUGAAGAAGGAUAAUCGCAAACCGUCCGGAGCCAACCCAGAACCAGUGUCGUCUGGUCCGAGGGGGAACAACACGCCGAAACCCAACAACAACAAUGUGCCAGGGGAUGACGCGGGGCAUUCCCAGAGCCAGAAUGCUAAUGCGGGGGCCAACGAGCAUGAUGGGAAACUGCAGAAUGGUAAAGGGCCCUCCUCACAUGCCGAGGGAGAAACCGAGGGUGACGACGUGGUGAGGGAGAACUGCGCUCCAGGAGAAGAGAAGGAGAGCUCCAAUGACUCAACGUCCGGCAGCGCAGCCGUGUCCAAUCAGAAGGACGAGGAGGCGGUGCCGUCCACCGCCAACUCCAGCCUGGAGACGAGUCAACUGCCCCCGCGUCAGCGAGCCAAGGCCGGGGCUUCCAAGCUGACCUGCAUCAAGAUCAAGACUAAGUCGCCCAAGGGCGACUGCUACACGGCCUCCAACGCCACCGUGGAGAUUGUGCCGGCCACGGAGCGGCAGAACCACGUGGCGAGAAAGAUCGUGAAGAUGACGAAGCAGCCGCCCAACAAGAAGAAGAAGGCGGCGCCGUCACGGGAGAAGAAAGUGACGCGCACCAUCAUGGCUAUCCUGGUAGCGUUUGUAGCCACCUGGACUCCGUACAACGUGAUGGUGCUCAUCAACACCUUCUGCUCCAGCUGCAUCCCCAACACGGUGUGGACUAUUGGUUACUGGCUGUGCUACAUCAACAGCACCAUCAACCCGGCCUGCUACGCUCUGUGCAACGUCACGUUCAAGAAGACGUUCAAACACCUGCUCCUCUGCCAGUACAAAAAUAUCAGGUCGGGCAGAUAAAUGUGGGCAAUUUAUGGGCAGAAGAGCUAAAGUAAGAGACGGGUGUAUUGGUGUGUUUGUGUGUGUGUGUGUGUGUGUGCGCCAUCCAUGUAUAUGUUUGUGUUGUCUGAGUGCAUGGUAAAGACUGCGUGUGUAUAUUUGAUAUAAUUACCCUUUCAUUCAUUCUAUCAACAGUUUUUCCUGUAUCUCUCUCAACACCCAGUUGUAGCACUCGACGCCAGUUGCGUUGACACGUGUUGGGCAGAGGUGGCGUUAAUGAGGGUCUCAGAGUCUGAAGCGAUAAAACGAGAGAGCGGUGCAACGACGAUGAGGGGAGAUCUGUGCCGUACAAGAAUCCAGAAAACUUCAACAUGGGAAAAUAGGGCUUACUGAAUUCACAAACCUCCGACGUUUGAAGUUCAGUGACGAUACCUGUACAUAAGUGUACAUACGCCGAGUAUACUCGUAUCUGUGUGUGUGUGUGUGUGUGUGUGUUCACCCAUGUGUGCCUCCUCUCUGUUUGUCUGUCUGUGAGAACCUCCCGUCAUGACACUCCCAAACUCCCAAGUCGCAUGAGAGCGAGAGGCAAAGACGUUGUUGUGAACCGCAUCGCUGUGUGCGGCAGCUCGAAGUGGAUCUCAGUCUUUAUUUACCCGCCUACGUCUGUUUCAAACAGAUGCUUCAAUCGCUCUGUUUUUAAAAAAGGUCCAAAUUCCUGCCUCCACUCUGAGACGAUUUAGAUGAAUGCAGUUCUGUUUCUUCAGAACCGUUCACAGAACAUGACUUUUGAUGAAACUCGCACACAGGAUCGUAGUUUUGCCACAAACAGGCACGUAUCCAUACAUAUGCAGCAUUUAGCCUCACAUGGACACUGAAUUAAAGGUCCAAAAUUGGCUGAAAUUGAAAUUGGAAAAAAACUAAGUUUGUUUUUUGUAGCCUUUCAUACGUACUUUAUGUUUCUACAGCAGCACACAAAAGAAGAAGAAACAUAAACCAACGAUGGAGAGCGAACCGAAGGUUUAAUUUCACUGUCCCACCAGUAGAUGUCACUAAUUCUUACAUAAUGGACAUUGAAAGGAACAGAUAAAUGUAUAUAUAUACAUAUAUAUAUAUAUAUAUAUUAUAUAUAAUAUCAAUAUCUAAUACAAAGCUGGGGCCCGGAGUUGUUGAGCUUAGAUCCUGCAAAACUAAACCAGAACGGUAACAGUUAUGGCGAUGUCACAACGACUGUGUCUAACAACCGCUGACAGGAAGUCUGUUUGUUUUACGGCGGCCGUUAAGAUUUUAUGUUUUGCUGUCGAGUUGUUCGCCGCGCCGAGGACGCGCGCCUCCCACUCACUGAGCGAGACAGGUGGUCAGAGCUCAGAGCUGAGAGAAGCAAGCCUUUGUUAAAUGUGAUCUUAUUUAACGUUAAUCCUGUGUGUGUGUGUGUGUGUGUGUGUGUGUGUGUGUGUGUGUGUGUGUGAGUGUGUGAGGUUUGGUGAGAGAUGACAUUUGAACCUGUGUGUGUGUGUGUGUGUGCGUGCGUGCACUCCAAGAGUGGAGUUUACUUGCGAUCACAGGUUUUCUACCUCGUGAUUGAAAUAAGGGCUAUUUCUGCAUCUUCACUCGUUCCACAAACUCAUUAUAAAUAAUAAAUGUGAGCUAAUUCAUUUAUACGACGACCACAUUCUCCGAUUAGACGUGUAAUGAAUGGUUGUCCUCGGUUUUAAUUAAAAAAGACACGAGGAAAAUAUGAAUUUACUGACGUGUUCCGUGUGCUCACGCGUGUCAUCCAUCAUUUCACACGUUAACACCAUUCUCACGGUGACGGUAACGCACGCUGUUCAGUCGGAGAGCCGCGAUCAAGAGGUUGCCACAGUGACCGGUGGGGGGGAGGGGGCGGGGGCGGAGCUCGAGGCGGUCUCCUUUUUAAAGAGCGACGUGGGACAGAAGCUAUAAUGAAAACUCUCCAUGAGGCUGAUCAGAUUAUAGGAACCAUGUGGAACACCUACAUUUGAGAUUAAACACGGCCCAUUACACGCUCAGCUGGUGCUUUCCUGCACCUUGUGUCCCACUUAGCACCGCGCUCGGUCCCAGUCCUUUUAUGUCUUUACGGUCCUCUAGUCUCAUUUGGGGUCGUGAAAUGUAAAUAUGAUGUACAUUUAUGCUAAUUGGCUUGUUCCAUAAUUAAUCCUGCUCUCUGUUGAGGCUUUAAUACGGAGCUACAGUUUUAUUUAGAGUUGUCCUCUGGCAACAGCUAAGCUAAAUGCUAAAUGCUACGUCCAUGUGCUCCUCUCAGACGUAUUCAGGCCUUUUGCUCAAAUGUUUGUCGCAAUAUCACGUCAUAAAUGUAAUGUUCUGGGGUCAGAGUGCAAGGAUUGAGUUACCUGAGCAAGUUAACCACACUUGAGUCUUGUACGGCUGCUGCUGAUGCUGCUGCUGCUGCUGCUGAUGCUGCUGCUGCUGCUGCUGCUGCUGCUGAUGCUGCUGCUGAUGCUGCUGCUGCUUUAAAUAAAAACAGGAGUCACAUGAAGUUGAGGUUAUUGCCAGACGAGGUCCGUUUGAAUUAUAAAAGACAAUUACACCAGAGCUUCCACAUGCAUGACUGAUAAAAAAAAGCAUCCAGGGAAUUUCACAGUGGAGCUUAAAAAAAGUGCUGAGUCAUGUGUUACACAACCAUUUCUUCAGUAAAAAAUCUGCAGAAAUUAAUGCGCAAUGGGGCGGAACAAAAAAGAGUAUCCGAGUUGAGUUCAUGAAAUCGGGUGGAGAUGGCGCCGCUGAUGAAAAAUGCUGUGUCACUUCAGCAGGGUCACACAUGCACACUAGGUCCAGGUCUUAUUGAACCUUCUGUUCAGUUUGACGCACACAGGUGCAGCAUGGGAAUGAAAUCGGUUUCAUCAGAUUUGAGUGACGCUGUCACGUCGCUUCAUUCUGAUUUAAUCAUGACCCACAAAACCCAGCCAAUAAAUACUAAUAAUAAUAAUAAUGUCUUUAAGUGAACAGUGCUGCUCGUUAGAUUAUGAGAUUUAUCGCAUUUCCAUGAUUAAUAUAUCGUAAAGUGAGUUAACCACUAUUUAUCAGAGGAGGUUAAGUCGUGUAACACUUAAAAAAGUAUAAGUUCAGCGCUUGGUCGACCGUGUGUCACGGGCGAUAAGUGGAGCCGCUUCUGUCAGACUUCUGUCACACGUCUCACUUCCAGAAUAUCUGAUUCAUCUUUAGCAAAGCUGUCGUUUGAGUGAUACCAGCGGGACAGUAAGUGGCUCAUCCAGGAGUCCCGGUCCAAGUCUCUGCCGCCCGGGUGUUGGAUAGAAACCAGUGGAACUUUAUCGCCUCUCUGGAAGAAGAGAAAGAGCAGGGCGCGUCCGAAAGUCCUCGCCGCCGCUAUCUCCAUGUGCUUCAUUUAUAGCGCGGGAGCAAAGUUCCCGUCAAAGUUCCUCCCUCCUCCUCCUCCUCCUCCUCCUCCUCCUCCUGUCGUUGUCGGGCACACGAGAACAAAGCGGUGUUUGUGUAUCAGGUGUUUCUCUGGAGUUGUUGUGAUAUGACAGAUUGUGCGCUCGUAAUAGAACAAGAGAGAUGUUCGCUGAGCGGCUGUCGCACAAAAAAAGGUGGCUGACGGACGCCGGCGUGCACGAGCUGGGAGGUCUGUGUCGGUGUGUGUGUGUGUGUGUGUGGACCAUGUUUGGAGAAGUCUUAGACGUUGCGAGCAGGUCAGCCAAAGGUUUUUGCCGCAGGAAUUUCAAACGUCAGUGUUCAGCGUCGCUCUGGCACUUUUAUUGCGUCUCAUUUUCAUCGUGUGCAAACACUUUCCACGCCUUUCUCACCAUUUUUCUUUUUUAUACGAUCAUAACGUUCCCAUUUUCCCAGUGCAUUCAAAUCCAUAUAUGCCCACACGGGGAGGGGGGCGG